UGCGAUCAGUACUUUUUAGCGCAAGUGGAUCAUACUACGAGAAUUUGCAUAAUAAUUUCUGCCAUCAACCGCACAGUAAAAUGCAUUUAUAUGGAGACCUUUACCGAUCUGUGUACGCAUUUAAUGCGGUGGAUGUGGAGGUAGAUGGGAUGUUGCAACACGGGCAUGUUAUUGACGUGGUCGAUGUCGACAAAUAUCCACAAUUCCUACUCGUCGAUUUUGGAUGCGCAGAUCACGAACCGGAGCUCUGUGAAUACGGGAAGGUCUUCGAAUGCUCAAAGGAACUUGAAAAGAUAAUGGAUGAAGAGUGGAUCAAGGGAUAUGAAGACCAUUACGGAUAUUCCACGCCCGAUGUUGAGGUACUGCUGCGCGGUCAUCCCGAUCUUCCCUGGCAGUGGUUUCCGGCCAAAAUUAUCCGCUACGUUUCGCUGCGCCUUUACACUCCGGAUCACGCCCUGGUAGAAGUAGAGUUUAAUGGAUGCACUGCCCGCGAACUGCUUCCCCUGGAGCAAAUUCGGCUGCGGACGACGGAGGCGGUGCUGCAGAGCAGAACGCUCUUGCCGGGUCAUUUCUGCAUCGAGGUUGUCUCCGGUGAGAGAUAUUUAACAACAACGGCGGCGCUGGCGCAAAGCAGCACGGACCGUACGAAGAGUUUUGCAGAAAAUAUGGAGCGAUAUUUCCGUUUCGAAUAUCGGCGCCGUUUGGUAUCCGAGCUACGCCAGAUGCAACGUCGCCGUGCGGUAAUUCCGAUCAACAUGGACAUGAGAGACUCGAGCGCUGAUGGUAUAGCCUUGCCGGUGGAGAUUCUGAAAGAGGUCUUCCUUGCGCUGGGAACCAUCGACCGACAGCGCUGUCGGCGCAUCUGCCCACUUUGGAACGAGAUCAUACAUCAGCCGGAAGUGUGUGCGGACAUUCGUGUAACUCUGGAGGCGCCUCUACCCAUUAUUCAGAUGCCCCAUGAAGCCUGGUACGACUAUACGGCAUAUGCGGUAUAUUGCUGCCUGUUGAAGCAUGUAUCGUCCGCUACACGCACGAUUUGUGUAAGGGAAUUCAGUUGGCGCGAAGAAAGAAGAAACCAACAGGACUACGAACGGGAACCCACUUCGUCCCUUGAUCGGGUGCUGAACUUCCUACUGAAACCUCUCCUGGACGACGGGACCGUGCGGAUCCAGCGCUUGAUCCUGCAGCGGCGCCGCCAGAUCAUACAUUUUCACCGCCAUCGCUUGUCGGACUGGUUCGACGGAAUGGUGAAACUGUAUGCCAAAUUCCGCUCCUGCUGUCAACGCAUUAUCUGGGCUAAUUGGAGUCUCGGUGUCACCAUUAGUCGCAGAGGCCUCACAUACACGGAAUACGACAUGGAGUUGUAUUUUCCCCUGGCCAAAUUCAACCUGGAUUCCCUGAAUGCGGCACAGUUUUGGGAGCUGUUCGAGAAUAACUUGUGCGGAGAGGCGGAGAAUGUGGAACUCGUAACAAAGUGGUGGCCACGAAGCAUACUUUGGAGGGAUUUUAUUUCCCGCAAAAUAGUGGCAAAGAUUUUAACAAAGUGUCAGAAGGGCGAUCCGCGCCCCAAUGCGUACUAUUCCGAUCAGAAAUGGACAUACGACAAUCUGGACAGUGUGGAUGUGAUGAAGUUAAAUAAACUGGGUCUGCGUGUGUUGUCUUGGUGUAUGCGCAAAGAGCUUGCCGGGUCGUCGGAAGACAGCGAAGCCGACGAGUCACAGGAAGACAGUGAAAGCGACGAUUCAUCGGAAGACUGUAGUGAACUUUCCCAUAAGCUAUCGGAAGCUCUUAAAAAUUACUUAAAUGCAAACGAAGGUGGAUGGGAGCAAUAAAUAGGCACGAAAAUUUCAAGCUGCCAUAGCUUCUUUAUAAGAUUUACUUUAUUGGAUUUUGCGGUUUCAGUCGUAUUGAUCUCGAGCGUGUUGACCAGAAAUAAUUUUUUUUGAUUCGCCGGUGCUUGAAUGCCUGUUUAGCGUAUUUCAUGCUCCACCUGCAGCUAAAGCAAUAACAGUUCCAA